UCCGCUCAAACUGAAAUAAAGAGGUGCUUCGGAAAUAAUCUCCUUGUCCAUUUAUGUAAAUGAGCGAAAAAAAAAAUAUCAUCCAUUACUUUGUGAGCCUUGUCUUUCCCAGUAAUCUUUCAACUAAUUUGAGCUUGGCCUUGAUUUCUUUUCCUCUUCCUUUUUAUCUCCUAACCAUAGUAUUUGGAGCCACUGCCAGCGAUGCCUACACUGUUGGCCCGCACAUUCACCCUUCUCAAUACCCACACAAAGCCGCCAUUGAUUCACAAUGACACUGCCGAUCCCGAUUCCACUCCAAACACGCGUCAAGAACAACUUUCUGUCCCAGUAAACUCGCAUAUUAAGCAACAAACACACUCAGUCGCUCAACCGCGUGCAAAUGAUCUCACCACUGAUAAGCCGCCCAAACAGCAGCACCGUUUACCCAAGAAAUUAUUAGAAGUCAUUGUCGCACAUGAUCCUCCUACGCAACCCAAAAAUUCGCAUCCUCCAUACCACCAGCCGUUAUCCCCACCUUCCCUAUUACCAUCCCAUCCAAAAGAAAAUGAACCCGCAUCGAAUAACCAAACUUCCAUGAUCCCUCUUCGUCCUCUUCAACAGCGACCAGAGAUUUCGAUAUGGCAAGCCGCUGAAAAUGGUGAUUUGGAAGCAUUGACUUAUUUUAUUCAACAUCCGACCACUGUCGAUCCGUGCAUCAUGCUCAACAGCCGUGAUCCUUAUUCGGAUUGCACCUUGUUGCAUUUGAUUGUCUCCAAUGUCAACGAAAAUAAGUACGAUCUCGUACCGCUUCUGAAACUGUUGCUAGACCACGGUGCCGAUGCUACCGCUCGUAACAUUUACAACGUUCAAGCCAUUCACAUGGUCUCGCUUCACUGCAAAAACCCUUUACCUGCUAUUCAGCUUCUGCUUCAAUACGACGCCAGUCCCAACGCAUGUGACGGUGACGGUUGGACCCCGGCUCACUAUGCCGCUCGAUUUUGCACACCUCCGGAUCGUGUGCUCCAGCUGCUUGUCAGCCACGGAGCCGAUAUCAAUCUUGUCGAUGCCAGUCGAAAGUCCCCGAUGUUUGGUCUCCUGGCCAACGGUGAUUAUGCGACUACUCUGGAUUGGCUCAUUCACCACGCAAAAGCCAAUUUAACCAUUCAAGGCGACUUUCUCGACCAACAAACGCGCCGCACCCGACCGGGCACCCUCCUACUCCAAGCUGCCAAAUACGCACGACUUGAAUGUCUUCAAUUGCUCGUUCGCUCUGCUGUAGCCAUGAACGCGCUACGGACCGUACUUACCCGGGAAGAGCUCGACUACGCAAUUACUCUGGUCAAAGAUCAACGUCAGCAAAUCGAGACGUCUGCCACCCGCCAUCCUACGCUGCUCGGAAAUUUAGAACGAAUGACACAUAUUUUUCAAGAUUUAACACAUGCUCUCGAGCAGGAUCCUCAAUCCUUGUUAUCUCUGCAUAAGAAAAAGGGGACGCUGUCGUCAACGCCGACAUCGAAUGGUGAUGUGCAAGGCAACGAAAGCAUGUCAGGUCGUAAAGUCAACUUGUUCAAGCGCAUGAGCACCAUCAUCUUCCGCAAGCGGUCAACAAGAGCAGGCACAAAAAAGACGAGAAACGCAUGAAUAAACCUACAUCCAAAAAAAAGAGAAAAAGCUGCCAAAUGGCAGUAAAACAAAAACCUGAUAGACUUUGAGACCAUUUAAUUUUGUUGCACCGGGUGUUGCCCCAAAUUGAAUAAAGUGUUGCAUAUAGCCA